AUCAUGGCGCAAGCAGAUGAGAAAGCAGCACUUCAACAUAUAGUUUACGAUUUUCUUAAGCAGUCGUGUAAGGAUGCUGCGACAUAUUUCCAGAAGCAAUUCAAGAUUAAGGGUCAGGAGCCUGGAUCACCCAAAUUAGAGGACCUCUACACAGCCUGGCAAAAUAACCAUGGCAAACGGAAGCUAUCCCUGACAGCAGAACCCCAGGCCAAAAAGUCCAAGCCGGACUCUUCCAGUUCUGACUCUGACAGUGAUGCAGAACCACAGAAAAAAGCAGCCACACCCACUUUAUCAAAGGGCACCCCUAAGGCUGGCAACAAGAGGACACAUGAGAGUAGUAGCUCUGAUAGCAGCUCUGAGGAAGAGAAGAAAGCUCCUGCUAAACCUGUUGCUAAGGCAGCAAAGAAGGACAGUGGAACGUCUGAUUCUGACUCCGAUUCUGAUAGUUCUAAUGAAGACAAGAAGAAAGCUGUCAAACUGGCUGUAGCCAAGAAAGCGGCAAUGCAGAAGAAAGUGCCGGUGAAGAAGAGCUCUAGUAGUGACUCUGACAGUUCUGAUGAUGAAGAUGAGGACCCUAAGAAACCUGUCCAGAAGAAGGCACCAGCAUCCAAAACUGCUGCUUCUAAGCAAGUUGCUUCCAAGAAGGGUGAUUCUUCUUCAUCAGAUGAUUCAAGUUCUGAUGAGGAUGAUGUUCCAAAGAAAGUACCAGCAAAGCCUGCAUUUAAACAGAUGCCUGGAAAGAAAGUUCAGGCAAAAAAAGCUGAAUCUUCAAGUUCAGACUCCAGCUCUGAGGAAGAAGCUCCUAAAAGUGCUGCCAGUAAAGCUGCCCCUGGAAAGAAGCCUAUUUCAGUAGUAAAGAAGAACAAGGAUGAUUCAAGCAGCUCAGAUUCUGAUUCUAGUUCUGAUGAAGAUACUAAGAAAACAGCUGCUAAGAAAGUAGCCACUCCUGCUAAGAGCCAAGCUGCAGCCAAGAGUACACCGAAAAAGAAGGCAGACUCCAGCAGCUCAGAUUCUGAUUCUAGUUCCGAUGAGGAUACAAAAAAAGCAUCUGCUAAGAAGGUACCUACUCCUGCUAAGAAAGUAGCCACUCCUGCCAAGAGCCCAGCUGCAGCCAAGAGCACACCGAAAAAGAAGGCAGACUCCAGCAGCUCAGAUUCUGAUUCUAGUUCCGACGAGGAUACAAAAAAAGCAUCUGCUAAGAAGGUAGCCACUCCUGCCAAGAGCCCAGCUGCAGCCAAGAGCACACACCGAAAAAAGAAGGCAGACUCCAGCAGCUCAGAUUCUGAUUCUAGUUCUGAUGAGGAUACAAAAAAAGCAUCUGCUAAGAAGGUAGCCACUCCUGCUAAGAGCCCAGCUGCAGCCAAGAGUACACCGAAAAAGAAGGCAGACUCCAGCAGCUCAGAUUCUGAUUCUAGUUCCGAUGAGGAUACAAAAAAAGCAUCUGCUAAGAAGGUAGCCACUCCUGCUAAGAGCCCAGCUGCAGCCAAGAGUACACCGAAAAAGAAGGCAGACUCCAGCAGCUCAGAUUCUGAUUCUAGUUCCGAUGAGGAUACAAAAAAAGUAGCAGUUAAGAAGGUAGCUACUCCUGCUAAGAGCCCAGCUGCAGCCAAGAGUACACCGAAAAAGAAGGCAGACUCCAGCAGCUCAGAUUCUGAUUCUAGUUCCGACGAGGAUACAAAAAAAGCAUCUGCUAAGAAGGUAGCUACUCCUGCUAAGAGCCCAGCUGCAGCCAAGAGUACACCGAAAAAGAAGGCAGACUCCAGCAGCUCAGAUUCUGAUUCUAGUUCCGACGAGGAUACAAAAAAAGCAUCUGCUAAGAAGGUAGCUACUCCUGCUAAGAAAGUAGCCACUCCUGCUAAGAGCCCAGCUGCAGCCAAGAGCACACCGAAAAAGGCAGACUCCAGCAGCUCAGAUUCUGAUUCUAGUUCCGACGAGGAUACAAAAAAAGCAUCUGCUAAGAAGGUAGCCACUCCUGCUAAGAGCCCAGCUGCAGCCAAGAGCACACCGAAAAAGGCAGACUCCAGCAGCUCAGAUUCUGAUUCUAGUUCCGACGAGGAUACGAAAAAAGCAGCUGCUAAGAAGGUAGCCACUCCUGCUAAGGGAGCAGCCCAAGGCAAAACAACUCCAAAAGUCGCCCCGAAAAAACAAGAGUCUUCCAGUUCUGACAGUUCAGACUCAAGCUCUGAUUCUGAUGAUGUCAAAAAGACUCCAACUGGCAAGAAUUUGAAGAGAGCAAUAGGCACCCCUGCUGCAAAAAGCACCCCUUUACAGAAAAUUGUCAGCAAAAAGGCUGAAUCCAGUUCUAGUUCGGACUCUGAUAGUGAUGAUGACAAGCCUAAGCAGAAGGCUUCUACCUCAGUGACAAAGACACCUGUUAAGCAAGCUUCGAAGGACAGCAGCUCUGAUUCUGAUAGUUCAGAUAGUGAUACUGACAGUGGUAAGAAACAGACUCACAAAGCCAGUGUUAAAACGACUCCUAAGUCUACUCCAGCCAAGACUGUGAAGGAUGCGAGUAGCACAGAGUCCGACAGUUCUAGUGAGUCAGAGGACAAUUCGAAAGCAAAAACACCCAUUAUGAAUGGGAAGAGCUCCGAUAACUCUGAUUCAGGGGUGUCUACAGCAUCGGAUCAGGUGAAGAAAACUUCUGCAGAUGCUGACAAUACAAAUCAUAAAGGGCACCAGCGAAGAACAAGUGAGCCCUUCAGGCGUGUUAAGGCUGAAGAGGUGCUCGUGGAUGCCAAGUUUUCCAACAAUUCGUUUGAAGCCAAGAGUGGAGCCAGAGGAUCAUGGGGAGAGAAGGCCAACAAAGACCUCAAAUUCACAAAAGGGAAAAGUUUCCGCCAUGAGAAGACAAAGAAGAAAAGGGGGAGUUACAAAGGAGGUGCCAUUGACAUGAAUGUUCACUCUGUCAAGUUUGAUUAAACUGGGGAAAAAAGACUGUCUAAUUGGGCAUUUAAGUGACUCAGGGUUGACAGGAGUGCAGUCAGAUUUCCAUUAAGCUAGACUUAUGUAAGUGGUGGAAGCUUGACGUGUGAGCUGGUGGAAGAGGCGCAUCAGUGUUCAGAUCAAGUAAAACAGAUCAACAGAUGAAGUAAAUAGAACUUGAAGCUGAUCUGAAUAUUUAGCAGUGACAUCUCAACAUUAGCUUAUCACUGUAUGUUCCAGUUAAAGUAGCAGUCAUGAAAGCAGACGUUCAUACAUUUGUUGAAGCUUUUGUGGAGAGUUCCGAAUGUUGAUAUGUACUGAUGUUGAUAUGUUGGUUAAAGUAGAAAAGGCAGAGUGGGGAAAUUGGGCAUUCACUGAUGAUGUUGCUAGGUUUGUCAACACCAUAGCAAAUGCACGUGUCUCACCGAAGUCUGAGGCCAGCAUCACUUUGGACUUUCCUAUCACAUUGAGCUGACAUGCUGUGAUAUAACUGGAAUACUGUUUAAAGCAGUGUUGUAUCUUGUCUCCCUCAAACUGCUGUCAUAGAUGUCACCUGAGUAAUAAACAUGUCCGGAAGUGUUUGGCCAUACCACUUUGACUGGACUACGGGCUGGCAUAUUCCUCGAGGAGAGGACAUGUCAUCUGAAAUUGACAUGUCAUCAAAUGGUUGAAUACAGGGCAGCCCAGCGGUAGCAGUGUUUCCUCUGGGUGUCCAGGCUGCUCAGUCAUACCACGUUAUUUAACAGUGAUAUUGUGAGAAUUUGCUGAAAUAUGCAAGACCCUACAUGAUUGUUAAUCAUUGGAACCCGGAUUCGAAUCCACACAUGGGCACAAUAUGUGAAGCCCAUUUCUGGUGUCCCCCGUCGUGAUGUUGCUGGAAUAUUGCUAAAAGCGGUGUAAAACCAAACUCACUCAGUCAGUUAAUCAGUGGACCACUGUGGACAUGUUGUCUCUGGCUUGAUGUGCUGCAACUUUGUCCUGGAUUUCACCAGAGAGUUAGGAAGACAUUUUGCAUGUCUCUACUCCUCCAUGAAGCUUAAUUGCUCUCAGUGAGUGUCAUGACCACGUGUUGAAAGUCACAAAGCCAAGAUCUCAUGUCAUCAAGAGCAGGUAGGGUAGCCGAGUGCAGAAAGUGAGUCGCAUCAGUGAUAAGGGUUGUAUUCCUGAAAUGAAUCCUAUGUCAUUAGUAUGUGUGAAUCUGAUUCUUGGUGUCCCCGGUAAUGAUAUCACUUUUAGAUAUCACUGUUACAGGGAUGCCAACCACUCCGAUUUUGGAGGAGUUAUUCCGAUUUUCAAAUACAAACUCCACUCUCCAAUUUGUCUAUCAAAAACUCCGAUUUUUUAGAAAAUACAAAUUUGUUUAUAAAUUUAGAAUGUUUGAAAGAAUUUUAGUAAAUAUGUUAGUUUGAGUUAAGAAUUAUUUGGUUAAGUAUGCCCGGAAAUUUCCUGGCAUAUUUCCAGGCUAAAUCUAAAGAUUUUCAUAUUGGAAGCCCCCCAGACCCCCACCAUCAAAGGGGGCCCAAACCCCUUCUCACGCUAAAACCCAACUCGCACCUUCAGGGCUUAGGAAUUUGUUUUAGCAAGGCUUGACUCCACUUUCAUUUGAUUCAGGGUUGGCAUCUGUGCUGUUAGAAGCAUAUUAUGUCGUCAUACUCAUUCGCUCUCCUUUUAACUCAGUUUGUUCAUAUGCCAGCUCAUUAUGAUUAGAAGCAAAGAAUACUACACACAAGAAGUUAAGAACACCUGAUUUGUAUUUCCAUAUGACUAUAGUUAGGUAUGGUCAUGAGAUGCAGUGUUCUUUAACUUAUUUGAGUAGUAUAUGUCAUCAUCUGAGUCAUGUUUGUUUCUUCAGUCUUUACCAUAUUUGAUUGUAUGUACAGUAUGUUCAUAUAUAUAUCAUGGCCACAUUUUGUCCUUGAAUAUCUUUUGUCCCAGCCGUAUUGUCCUGUCAGUAUUGCUUUGUUUGCACGCACUGAUAUCAUGAAUGAUGUUGUUGACAACUUGUCUCUGACAUUCGCCAUGGCUCCGAGGGCAUGUAUGAGGGAUAAUAGUCUGUACAUUGAUGGAGCAUUGCAAUGGGCGAAUAGCGCUGUUUAAGAUUGGAUGUUUGAAAAAAGUCCAUAGACUGUAUCCAAUAAAAUGUUUGACAAUUGAUUUAUCCUUGAGUUUUCUUCAUCACUGUGUACUGAGCUUGUAGUGUGGAAUGAAUAAUAAUUACUAGAAGUAAAAUUGUGGAUAUGAAGUCAGUGUGAAAAGAAUCAGAUAAGUCAGGUCUUGUGUAGUAAGUUACUUAAUCAUGUUAAUAUUAUGACAAACAUCAUCAUACAUCUUUCACAGUUAGAGGGUUUUUAGUGCAACAUAUUUGUAAUAUUGUUUGAUAUUGUCAUUUGUUUUGUUUUUGUAAAUAUGUUUUUGAACUAUUAGAUCUACUUGACGACUUUAACUCAAAAUGGGACUUAAUAUGAUUGACAUGUUAUGCUACUUGGUAACAAGCCCUGUUCUGUUGUCGUGGUUACAGAGGGCUGCUUAUGGAUAUUGCUAUGGUUUAAGUGUGGAUAUUUGCUACAUUAUAAGAUAAUUUAUGCUUAAACUUCAGAAAACCUUCAAAUGUGUUAGCUAGGUUUCCUGUAUUUUUCAGAGCCUUUAAAGUUUGAACAGCAUUCAUGAGAUUCUGAACAUGUAGCUUUUCAACAUUUCAAGAAUAUGACCUAUACCUUUAUUCGUCCAGUAUUUUAUGUUGAGUAAAAUUUGCUCAUCUGAAAUAGUUUUGAGUUUGGUUUAAAUGCACAAGUUAAUUCUGUUGUACCAGCAACUGCUUCCUAUUUAUGCACUAUAUUCUAAUGUUUGAUUAUAUUUGGGUCAUGGAAAUGUCUAUAUUUUGCUAAAAGAAAUUGAAAUAAAUUCUGUUGACUAUA